AAUAUGAACAUAACGUUAUUGCGUGACACAAUGUGACACGAUGUCCCGUAUGCGUUAAUUUAUGCAGUUCGAGUUCAGAUUUAGUAUGAUUGUGUAAUCGUGUAGUUCAGGAGAUUAAAGCCUUGUUUAAGCGUCGAUUGUUAAGCCUCAUCUUGUUACAUGGUGGCAGCGGUAAAAGGAAGACACUACAAGGAUUAUGUCAGACGGAAAAGCAACGAAUAAGGGAGCUUCAGCUUCAAAACAAGAUAUUUCAUCACACGCGUCGCCAGUCCAUGUGAGCAUUAAACCGCCUAAUCAUCUCGACAUUUCCAGCUCGAAAAGUCCAGCUAAAGCAUGGCAAUUAUGGAAACAAAUGUGKGAAAGCUACACAAUCGUCACCAACUUGGAUUCUCAACCCAAGGARUUCCAAAAAGCUGUAUUUAUAUGUACCAUAGGCCCGAGCGCCAUGGAAAUACACAACUCGUUCCACUUCAAUGACGACRAAGACYSCUCCGAUUUGGCAACGAUCAUCUCUAAAUUCGAUGAACACUUCAMUGGAGAAAUYAACGAAACAUAUGAAAGAUUUCAGUUCAACAGGCGAACACAACAGUCAGGUGAGAGUUUUGAAAGUUAUCUCACGGAGUUAAGAAAUCUCGCCAAAUCAUGUAAUUUUUGCAAGUGCAUGAGUGAAUCGUUAAUCCGAGAUCAGAUUGUCCUCGGAAUCAGUGAUGACGCCGCGCGAAAAAGGCUUCUACAAGAGAGAAAACUUACUUUAAAACACUGUAUUGACAUUUGUCGCUCCACCGAGUCGGCAAACGCCCAAUUAGGAGAGAUUAACGAAAGUUUUGCGUCCGUGUGUAAAGUUGAAAACACAAARGAAAAACCAGUGAAAUUCAGAUCUCAAGCAAAACCGAGAGCGCCAAAAGGUCAAAAAGAAAGCAAAUGCAAAUUUUGCCUGACCACUCAUGCAUUUCGCAAGGAACUCUGUCCCGCAUGKGGAAAACGRUGUAAUGUAUGUGGAGAGAAAAACCACUGGAGAGGCUCAACCGUGUGUAAAAGAAAAGAGCGAGCAAAUGUUGUAGAGAUAGAAAGUAACGACAGCGACUCUGAUUYUGARCGAGUAUUCAACCUAGAACAUCUGGUCAAUGGGGUGGGACAGAAGACAAAUAAGGAUACCAUUAUGUGUGAAAUGUUUGUUGAGUCUAGGAAGGUGAAAAUGCAAGUAGACUGUGGCGCAACUGUCAACAUCAUACCAAGCAGCAGAAUUGGAGGAGCAAAGAUUAGUCCAUCCAAUAUCACACUUCAAAUGUGGAAYAAHGACAGAAAAGAGGCCCUAGGAACCGCGAGACUUGAGGUCACAAAUCCUAGCACUCAACACAAGUACCGCUUGAAGUUUGUGGUCGUUGAUGAGGAACUUACACCCCUUCUAAGUAGGAAAGCUGCAGAGCGAAUGGGACUGAUCACAGUGAAUUACGACCAAUUCAAAAGUGUUCACGCUGUUGAUCCUAAUUUUCCACAACAAAUUACAGACCAAUUCCCAGAUCUCUUUGAUGACGAAAUUGGUACUCUCCCUGGAACGGUCACUCUCACACUGAAAGAAGGAGCUCAACCAGUCAUAUGCUCUCCCAAGCGGAUACCACUGGAAGAGAUGGAGAAUGUCAAAGCUGAGUUGGACAGACUUGUGCAGAUAGGCGUGAUAGARCCCGUGGAACAACCCACAGACUGGGUUAAUCAGAUGUCGGUUGCAUCGAAGAAAAAUGGAGACCUCCGCAUCUGUCUAGAUCCAAGAAGCCUCAAUAAAGCAUUAAAGAGAGAACAUUAUCAGCUGCCUGUACUCGAGGACAUCCUACACGACUUGGCUGACGCCAAAGUAUUCAGCAAACUCGACUUAAAGCAUGGAUACUGGCAMUGCGUUCUCGAUGAACCAUCCUCUCUGCUAACUACUUUUGCAACACCGUUCGGAAGAUUCAAAUGGCGAAGACUACCAUUUGGUCUCAAUGUCAGCUCGGAGAUUUUUCAGAAACGCCUGAUUCAAGCACUCGAAGGUGUUCCCUGCAUAGCGCCUAUAGCUGAUGACAUCCUUGUAUAUGGCAAAGGAGAUAAUGACCRUGACUCAGAGGCUCAUCAUGACAAAAACCUCAACGCCUUGCUCAAACGAUGUCAGGAGAAAGGAAUCAAACUCAACAAAGGAAAGGCAGAGCUGAAGACAAAGGAAAUAGAAUUCAUGGGACACCUGGUCACGUCACAUGGUCUUAAGGCAGACCCUAAGAAAAUCGAAGCAAUUGUCAAGAUGGAGAGACCGGCUGACAAGCAGGYAGUGGAACGACUARAUGGAAGCGUUAAUUAUUUGUCAAAGUUUCUCCCAAAAUUGUCUCAAGCAAUGGCGCCGAUAAGAGAACUAACACACAAGGAUGYGGAAUGGCAUUGGGACGCCGUACAUGACGAAGCUUUUCACAACAUUAAGGAACUAGUUACCCAAGCACCAAUACUUGCC